UCACAUACCACAACAUUCCCUGCUGUCUAGUCUCUGUCGCUACUGUAAAGCGGUUGCUGAAAACUCUAUAGCUGUAGUCAUUGCAAUUGUAAGGAAUUGAAAUGGGAGGUGCAAGGUGUUACCCACUUUUGCUCAAACCGCUUCACCUCUUACCCAGGCCCCGAUAGUACAGUUCCAGAGGUGCUGGAAACAAAACCAAAAGUAACCUUCUUGUCCGGAAGAGUAGCAUACCCGCCCCUCCCCGGUGAACAGACUUGUUGUGAGGCCAUGAAUAUCUGUUCUAAAGAGAUUAGGCACUUGGAGAGUUAAAACCAGAGACUGGGGGCUUCUGUGAAUACCAUUUAAUUGAAAUAAAGUACUUAUUGUAUACUUUAUAUUUGUUUACUUAGUCCGGGAAGAUAGCUUCUGGCAGUGUACGCAGACAAUUCGCUAUCAGACGGCCUCCUGAUUUACUGGUAUUCGUUUGGAUCCCGACAAGUGGCUGUUCAAAGAAGUAUUUUCAUCGAAUAAGGUGUCAUGGAUGCUACAGUAGAUGAUGACAUCUGUAUUCUUAACCAUGAAAAAGCUGACUUUGCCCGUAGACAGGAUCAAGAAAUUCCCUUCUCUGCGUCUUCUGGAGAGGAAUCUGUUGCUUCACACUUUGCACUUAUCACUGCAUAUGAAGACAUCAAAAAACGCUUGAAGGAAACUGAAAGGGAUAACUAUUCCCUAAAGAAAAGAUUACGGAUAUUGGAAGAAAAGCUUUGUGAAACAAAUCCUGAAGAAUUAAACAUGGUAAAAUGUAAACCAGUCAAUGAAGUGUGGUCAAGCAGAGAACAGCUGAACAAAGCAUUCAUUGCCUAUCGAGAGGUCUGCAUUGAGAGGGAUCGCUUGAAGAGUAAAGUGGAUAUUUUGGAGAAAGAGAAAGCGGAAUCGAAAAAAACCCUGUACCAGCAACUUGAAUCAAAGGAAAUGGAACUCCUCCAAGUUGAAAGUGAAUUAGAAACACAAAAAGUGAUGAGAUGCUUAGACAAAACACCUACUGAUUGGGAGAUAGAGAAGCAGAAUAGUGACUUGAAAUUACGAACUAUGGAACAAGAACUGGAAUUACUACAAAAUGAAUACCAACUCCUCAAAGCCGAACUUCAAAGUACAAAGGAUCAAGCAGUAGAAAAACCUUUAUUCAGUAAUGAAAAUUACACGGAUGACAAUUCUGUAAGUGAUAGCGACAUGAGGCAGGCGUUUCGGGAACUGAAGAAGGAAAUGUCUAAUUUACAUCUGGUGACUGAAGUACAAGCUGAGGUGCUAAGAAAGCUGAAAGCAACCGUAACUGUGACCAAGAAAGGCAAGUAGCAGCGUCUGCCGGGG